AUGGCUCUUUCCAAACCCACGUACCUAUACCACCUCAAAAACCUUACCAAAUCCUACUUUCACCACCGCCCACCACCCUCCUUUAUCUCCCUUCGCUUCCUCUCCUUCGCCACUCCCGAGGAAGCCGCUGCCGAACGCCGCAAGCGCAAACGCCGCCUUCGCAUCGAACCCCCUCUCUCCUCCCUCCGCCACCAAUCGCCACCACCCCAACAAACCCAACGCCCUACCCAUCAAAACCCUAACGCCCCAAAACUUCCUGAAUCCGUCUCGGUCCUCACCGGAAACCGCCUCAACCUCCACAACCGCAUCCUCAAACUUAUCCGUGAGAACGACCUCGAAGAAGCUGCUCUCCUCACCCGCCACUCGAUCUACUCAAAUUGCCGCCCCACUAUCUUCACCUGCAACUCCGUUAUGGCUGCCCAACUUCGCCAAUCCCGCUACUCCGACCUCCUCUCUCUCCACCGCUUCAUCACCCAGGCCGGUGUUGCUGCCAACAUCGUUACCCAUAAUCUCCUCAUCAAUGCAUACAUGGAUUGUCGGAAAACCGACACUGCCUUGGAACACUACAAACAAUUGAUCAAUGAUGCCCCCUUCAACCCCUCACCCACUACAUAUCGAAUUCUAAUCAAAGGACUUGUCGAUAGCACUAAGGUUGAUAGAGCAAUGGAAUUGAAAGAUGAGAUGUUGUCCAAGGGCUUCAACCCUGACCCAAUUGUUUAUAGCUAUCUGAUGUCGGGUCAAGCAAAGAAUGAGAACGCUGACGGGAUUUUUAAGCUUUACGAGGAAUUGAAGGAGAAGAUGGGUGGGUUUGUGGCUGAUGGAGUUGUGUAUGGGCCUUUAGUGAAAGGAUAUUUUUUGAGGGGAAUGGAAGAGGAGGCUAUGCAGUGUUAUGAGGAGACGGUGGGUGAGAAUUCAAAGAUUAAAAUGAGUGCUGUUGCGUUUAAUUUGGUGCUUGAUGGGUUGAGCAGGAAUGGGAAGUUUGAUGAGGCAUUGAGGUUGUUUGAUAGGAUGAUGAACGCGCAUAAUCCACCGAAGUCGUUGACUGUGAAUUUGGGGAGCUUUAAUGUGAUGGUGGAUGGGUAUUGUGCACAAGGGAGAUUUCAUGAUGCCAUUGAAGUUUUUAAUAAUAUGGGUGUGAAGAGAUGUAGUCCAGAUACUUUGUCAUAUAAUAACUUGAUUGAGCAGUUGUGUAACAAUGGUUUGUUGGGCGAAGGGGAGGAGCUUUACAAAGGUAUGGGUGAGAAAGGAGUGAACCCGGAUGAGUUUACUUUUGUUUUACUCAUGGAUACUUGCUUUAAAGAGAAUAGGCCUGAUGAUGCUGCUGCUUAUUAUAAAACAAUGAUCGAGUCUAAGUUGAGGCCAAACUUGGCAGUUUAUAAUAAGUUGGUUGAUGGUUUGGUUAAGGUUGGGAAGGUAGAUGAGGCAAAAGGGUUCUUUGAUAUGAUGGUGGGGAAGCUGAGGAUGAAUGAUGAGAGCUAUAAAUUCAUGAUGAAGGCAUUGUUUGAUAUUGGAAAGCAUGAUGAGGUGCUCAGCAUUGUUGGGAGGAUAUAUAGGGAUGAUCCAACUGAUUUUACCACAGAGUUGCAAGAUUUUGUUAAAGAGGAAUUGAGGAAAGAAGGGAGAGAUGAGGAUGUGGUGAAGCUCAUGGAGGAUAUAGACAGGGAGAAGGCCGAAGCUGUGGCUAGGGAGGCUGAAGCAGCAGAAAAAGCUAAGGCCAGUGCCAGAGCGGCCAUUUCCUCUCUCAUACCAUCGAAGUUGUUUGGAAAUAAGGAAAAGGAGGAAGAGUUACCAGCUGCCAGUGAAAAUGCUGCUGAGGCAACAUCUGUAAGUGCAGUCCAAGCAGAAAAAGAAGAGAGUGUUGGGGAAAUUACUUCUAUGAGUACCGAUUCUGCUGGUAUGGGAUUGGAUGAAGAAGUAGUUCAAGGUGGGAAUAUGACUGAGGCAGAAGAUGGAGCAAGUGAGCAGGUAACAGCUUAA